CCAAAUGUGGCAGCUUUUAACAGCAGCAUGCUGGAUGCUUCUUCUUGGAUCUGUGUAUGGUUAUAAUAAGAAGGGAAGCACCGCAAACCCUGAAGCUAAUAUGAAUAUUAGCCAGAUUAUUUCUUAUUGGGGUUAUCCUUAUGAAGAGUAUGAUGUUGUAACGAAAGAUGGUUACAUCCUUGGAAUUUACAGGAUUCCACAUGGAAGAGGAUGCCCAAGGAGGACAGCUCCAAAGCCUGCUGUGUAUUUGCAGCAUGGCUUAAUUGCAUCUGCCAGUAACUGGAUUUGCAACCUGCCCAACAACAGCUUGGCUUUCCUUCUGGCAGACAGUGGUUACGAUGUGUGGUUGGGAAACAGCCGAGGAAACACUUGGUCCAGAAAACACCUUAAAUUGUCACCCCAAUCACCAGAAUACUGGGCCUUCAGUUUGGAUGAGAUGGCUAAAUAUGACCUUUCAGCCACAAUCAAUUUUAUCAUAGAGAAAACUGGACAGAAGCAACUCUACUACGUGGGCCACUCACAAGGCACCACCAUAGCUUUCAUAGCAUUUUCUACAAACCCAGAACUGGCUAAAAGGAUUAAGAUAUUUUUUGCACUGGCUCCAGUUGUCACAGUGAAAUACACCCAAAGUCCUAUGAAAAAACUAACAACUCUUUCCAGGCAAAUAGUCAAGGUGUUGUUUGGUGAAAAAAUGUUCCACCCUCAUACAUUGUUUGACAAAUUCAUUGCCACCAAAGUGUGCAGCCGGAAGCUAUUCCAUCGUAUUUGCAGCAACUUCCUAUUUACUCUGAGUGGAUUUGAUCCGCAAAACUUAAAUAUGAGUCGCUUGGAUGUUUAUUUGUCACACAAUCCUGCAGGAACAUCUGUUCAGAAUAUGCUACACUGGGCCCAGGCUGUUAAUUCUGGUCAGCUUCAAGCUUUUGAUUGGGGAAACUCUGAUCAGAACAUGAUGCACUUCCACCAGCUUACACCUCCUUUAUACAACAUUACUAAGAUGGAAGUUCCAACAGCAAUAUGGAAUGGUGGACGGGACAUUGUGGCUGAUCCCAAGGAUGUCGAAAAUUUACUUCCUCAAAUUUCCAACCUUAUUUAUUACAAGCUGAUUCCACACUACAAUCAUGUGGAUUUUUACCUUGGCCAGGAUGCACCUCAGGAAAUUUACCAAGACCUAAUUAGAUUGAUGGAGGAAUAUUAAUAAAAUUAAAUGCACUUUCCUUUUUCCAACAAAGUGGAUUUUCAUAAAAAUAAUGAGAUGAACAGAUCAUAGAGUGACUCCCAAUGAUUUUCAUCUUCUAGUAUAUAUACCUUCAUAUAAUCUCCUCCCCUUCAAUGUGGGUGGGAUAUGAGACUUCGUUCAAGCCAACAGAACUUGCAAAGGUGUAAGAUGUCACAACCUUGAUUAGGUUACAUCAUAUGGUAAAGGUGAUAAGAGGUCAAUCCCUGAUUACAUUAUACAAGAAGUCCACCUGGCAUGGUGGCCCACACCUGUAAUCUCAGCAUUUUGAGAAGCUGAGACUGGAGAAGUAUUUGAGGUCAGGACUUCCAGACCAGUCUUGGUGAAAUCCUUUCUCUUCUAAAAAUACAAAAAUUAGCUGGGUAUGGUGGCACAUGUCUGUAAUCCCAGUUUCUUGUAAGGCUGAGGAAGAAGAAUCGCUUAAACCCGGGAGGUGGAGGUUACAGUGAGCUUAGAUCACACCACUGCACUCCAGCCUAGGUGACAGAGCAAGACUCCGUCUCAAUCAAUCAAUCAAUCAAUACAUAAAUAAAUAAAUCAGUCAGUCAGUCAGUCAUCUUAUUACAUUGGAGCAAAAUAUUCUUUUUGUUAGCUUGAUGGAAUAAACAGAUGUGUUGAGAAAAGUGACUUUACAAGGAACUGACCAUAGCUUUUAGGAUCUGAGGGUGGACUCCAGCUGAUAAAACAGCAAAACACCAAGGCCUUCAGUCACAUAACCACAAGAAAAUGAAUUCUGCCCAAAACUGAAUAAACUUGGAAGCCCAUUCUUCCCUAGUAACCUCACACUGAGAGAGCAUCCUGGCCAACGCAUGAUAGUAAGACCCAGUUAUGCUAUGCCUGGACUACUGACCCACAGAAACAGUGAGAAAAUAAAUGUGUAUUGUUUUAAACUGCUAAGUUUGUGGUAAUUUGUUAUCAGCAGUAGUAUACUACCACUACCAUUUGUUAUUAUCG